CUGGUUCAGCAUGUAGUGAAGCUGUCGUCCACUUUCACUUUCACCUGUCAGGAGCCCUCGCUGGCACGACAGAGCCCAGUGGACAGGAGGAGAGGGAGGGAUCUGAAGAGGGGCGCCCAGAGCGACGGUCUUCAGCGCCGGCUGGCAGCAUGGGUGAAGAAGGGCCUCCCAGUCUGGAGUAUAUCAAGGCCAAGGACCUGUUCCCCCAGAAGGAGCUGGUGAAGGAGGAUGAAAGCCUUCAGGUGCCAUUCGCAGUUCUUCAGGGGGAAGGGGUGGAAUAUCUCGGCUGCGCCGAUGAAGCCGUCAUUGCCAUUUCCAACUACAGGCUCCACAUCAAGUUCAAGGACUCUGUCAUCAACACCUACCCAGGUGUGGACAAUGAGAUAUCUGUGCCUCUGAGGCUCAUAGAGAGCGUGGAGAGCAGAGAUAUGUUCCAGCUGCACAUCAUCUGCAAAGACUCCAAAGUUGUGAGGUACAGUAAAGAGCUCGCUCCACACCUGAGGCCGCCACAUUAACCCUGCAGACAGACUGAUGC